GUGGGCCAUGGGGCACGCAGAGAUGGCGCGUGUUCCGCACGUCGUGGCCGACACGGGCGCGUUCCUGAACGCGGCCCCGCUGCAGGACAUCGCAGACGCGCUGUACACCGUGCCCGAGGUGCUGGCCGAGAUCCGGGACCGGCCCACGCGCCGCCGCCUCGCCGCGCUGCCCUGCGAGCUGCGGGUCCGCCGCCCGCGCCCCGAGCUGCUGCGCCUCGUGACCGAGUUCUCCAAGAAGACCGGGGACUACCCGAGCCUCUCGGCCGCCGACCUGCAGGUGCUCGCCCUCACGUGCCAGCUCCAGGCCGAGAUCGACGGCCCCGGCUGCGUCCGCUGGGAGCCGCAGGACAAGGUGCGGCUCAGCUCCACCCCGCGGCACCCCGAGGCCCCCCUGCACCUCGCCGGCUUCCACCUGCCCGCCAAGCACAAGCCCGCGGGGAAGGGCCCGCACCAGCCCAGUUCCAGCCCGGCCCCGGCGGAGAGCGAUGAGUUCGGAUCCUUCCUGUAUUGGCGGCCGCCCCUGCCCAGCAUCGAGGAGGAGCUGCGGGAGCUGCUGGCCAUCACCAGCAGCCCCGAGCCCCCUGAGCAGCACCGCAGCUCUGCAGACGGGGCCAGCGCCGGUGAGGAGGAGGAGGAGGAUGAGGAGAGCGAUGAUGAUGAUGAUGAAGGCUGGAUAACUCCCAGCAACCUGAAGGAGGCCCAGCAGGACAUGGGGCACUUUGACACUGCUCCUGUGGGUGUCCAGGUGGGCUGUGUCACCACGGACUUUGCCAUGCAGAACGUGCUGCUGCAGAUGGGUCUCCACGUGCUGGCCGUGAAUGGGAUGCUGAUCCGCCGGGCCCGCAGCUACAUCCUGCGCUGCCACGGCUGCUUCAGGACCACCUCGGACAUGACCAAGGUGUUCUGCCCCCACUGUGGUAACAAGACCCUCAAGAAGGUGGCAGUGAGUGUCAGCGAGGAUGGGAGUCUCCACAUGCACUUCUCCCGCAACCCCAAGGUGCUGAACCCCCGAGGGCUCAGGUACCCGCUGCCGGCGCCGCAGGGCGGCAAGCACGCCAACAACCCGCACCUGGUGGAGGACCAGCGCUUCCCGCAGCAGCGCCUGUCGCGCAAGGCCCGGCAGAAAACCAACGUGUUCGACCCCGACUACCUGGCCGGGGCGUCCCCGUUCGCCGAGAACGACGUGCACAGCCGGGCCGCGCACCUGCAGCUGCGCGACGCCGCGCUGGGCGCCGGCCGCCGCCGCCUCAACCCCAACGCCGUCACCAAGAAGUUCGUCAAGAGGAGGUGAGGGCGGGACGGGCCCCGCCCGCAGGACCCACCUGCCCAGGUGUGCUGGGGGCUCUGCCGGGGCGAGGCCUCUGCCAGCACCUGGGCACGGGCCGGGCCGUCCUGUCCCCAGAGGUGCCGGGCCAUCCUGUCCCCACUGCGCGGUGCCCGGAGAGCCACCGUGACGGCGGUGAUGGGGUCUGGGGAGGCCCUGGCACGGGGGAGGGGGGGUUGGCUUCUCUGGGCACCCCUGGACAGGGGCCGUGCCACCCAAUAAACACCAAACCCCAAAGCCCUGUGACUCAGUCCCAGUUCUGUGGCUGCCUGUGCCAGGGGGAGCCUUUCUCUGAGCCUCGAGGAACGAGGGAGGGAGGAUUUCUUGGGAUCGUUUGUGCCAUGGGAUAAUGAGCUCCAGAAGGACAAAAGCCCAGGGCAGGGGGUUGUGUCCCACCCUGGCAUCGGGGUGAAGGGGGCGACUCUGGGGUAAAGCUUUGUGGAUAAAUCUGCUGAAAUCUUUCACAGCUGACUCUUGGGCCCAGCUCCUGCUGCAAUUUCCCCUUAACCCUGCUGAAAUUGUUCAAAGUAAGGAAACGCCUGAUAGCAGCUGUGGCCCCUGGUGCUGGGGAGGUCACAGGCUGCAGAGUGGGAGCAGGAAGGGGGAACACACCUGGGCCUCCCCAGCCCCGGGGCACUCUGAGUGUGCCAAAGCUGCAGACAAAGGGCAUUGGGUAAGCACCCACACAUGCUGCUGAGGCCAUGGUGACUUCCAGCAUCUUGGCUUUGGACUCCUGGGGCAGCCUCUGCCUCC